AUGGCCGAUGGCAACGCCAAGUCGCUAAAAAAUAUUCUUAAUGAUCUAGGAGAAAAUUCAUCCGUCCAUGGUAUUCCGAAGAUUUUAUCGUCCAAGAACAUGCUGUUAAAGAUAUUUUGGCUGGUCGUCUUCCUGGGAACAACUGCGUAUCUCUGUCUUCAGAUGUAUGCACUGUUCGAAGACUACUACACAUAUCCAGUGGAGACUACAGUUUCCCUCAAGUUCAGUGCCAUACGGUAUCCAGAUAUAACCUUCUGUAAUAUGAACCCUAUAAAGAAAUCCAUGCUUCACCACACACCCCAAUCACUUCAGGAUACACUCAAGCCAAAAGAGUCCAAAAGCGCACCAGAAGGUGACGUCACAUACAACAGUGAAGACGAUUACUACUACUACUCGUAUGAAUAUGAUUACCAUUAUGAGAAUGAGGAAUACCAGGACGAGAUUGACGAGUACUUCUCAGACCCCAACCCUUUACAAGAGGAAUAUCUAAGAUUACAAAGUCCUGAUGUUCCAAAGGACAGAUGGACAGAUCGCAAGGAUAAAUUUAAGACAGAAUACAGAAAGAUGCACAAGUAUGAGAAACAAUACGUUGGUCACCAACUGAACGAUAUGAUUGUGUCUUGUACUUUCAACAAACGUAGAUGUAACAUAAGUUAUUUCCAGCCAUCCAUUAGUUCAGAAUACGGAGCUUGCUACACCCUGUCGUCGGAAGACUUUAUUGCGCGCAAACCUGGCCACCUGCACGGAUUACAAGUGAUUUUAAAUCUAGAGGUUUCGGAAUACAUCACACCUUUGUCCUCGGCAUAUGGUAUCAAGAUGGUGGUUCACCAGCCCCAAACGGUACCCUUCCCAUCUGUAGAGGGUCUGACACUGAGUUCCCGACAGGAAACCACCAUGUCUCUACGAAAGUUAGAAAUAAAUCGCCUGGGAGGUAACUAUGGAAACUGUGAAGACUCUGUCCUACAGGACAAUGGUAUGGUGUAUUCACAGACGUUUUGUCUCAACACGUGCGUAAACUUGAAUGUGAUAGACCAAUGUGAAUGUCUACCUAACACUUUGGAUUACGCAUUUUACAAACCCGAAUACGACAGACUCGAGUAUUGUGAAAGUGAAGAUUUCGAAAAAAUGGUCUGUCAGUUCGACAUUGAGAAACAACAGCUCGAUGGAACAUUAAACUGUGACUGUCCCACACCGUGUAGCGAAGUUUUGUAUACCAAAACGCUGUCGUCUAGAACUUGGCCUCAUGACGAGUAUCUACGUCAGUUUCUCAUGGCGAAGGUUUGCGCUAAGAACAUGACAUCAGCAUCUGAAGCUUGCGAAAUAUACAAGAAAGAUUCCAAGAAUUUCAUUACUGAAAGCGUCGUCGACAAUUUCUUGGCCGUUAACAUAUACUUCGAGGACGUGAACUAUGAAGUCAUCACAGAGUCUGCCAAGUAUGACGAAUUCCAGGUGUUGGCCUCUAUCGGAGGCAAUCUCGGGCUAUUUGUUGGAGCGUCUGUUCUAAGUUUUGUUGAAGUCAUUCAUGUCGUGCUCGAAGUUGGCAUCUAUUUCUUGCAAUCUCGGGUAAAAAAAGACGAAAUAUCCAGCAGCAAGUCAUCCGUGAAGGUUUAA